AGCAGAUCAAAAUUCAAAGAUUGACAAUGUUUUGACGUUUUAGUCCAAUUCAAAAUUAGAUCAUUUCAUUUUUGUGUUUGUCUUCGAUUGAAACAUGGAUUCGUGUCAACCGUGCGGCCCGCUGCCGACUAACCAUCAGUCAAGGUCCAACAUCAGUUGUCCUCCAUGUCCGUGUCCACCAUGUCCAUGCCCCCCUUGUCCCUGCACCCUUCCAGUGAUCGCCGACCAUCUGCCAAAAUAUCAGGUGAACCCAUGCGACCCAAACAGACCCUCUGGAGAGAAUCCUUGCUGCAAUGUUUGCGUUCCAGUCGUUCCUCCUUGUAAACCUGAGCCGGCGAAGAAACCGAAGAAGAAAUGUAAGUACAUCCAACCGCCAAGACCAAAGUCUUAUGCCCCUGCUAGGAGUUUCGUACCUCCCGAGAUGAAAAUGGAGGAUAACACUAUAUAUAGGAAGUCUUACAUUCCGGUGGAAACUGACAAACCGGACAAGAUUGUUCCGGAAAAUAACCUCUGUUUGGGUGAAGGCAAAAUAUCCGACAGUACAGUUAACAAGAUGUCUUACCAACCCCACAAAGUGAAGCCUGCUUGCCCCAUAUACCCCUGUGAGCACAAGCUGUUGGGUGAGGGUCCGAUGCAAGACAUCACAACCCAGAAGCAUGAUUAUGUUCCCAAACCAUACGUCAAACCCUCUGCUGUCAAACCCUUCACCAAUUUGUAUUCUUCUGACUGUCCUUUGAGUGAUAAAACUGUGAAUAGACUUUCAUACAUGCCGAUUGACCUGGAAAAAACCAAGGUCGUUCCGUUUCGCCCCACUAACGCCAUCAGUCCUGCCACGGGUAAAAUCAGUGACAAAACCGUGCAAAAGAUGUCGUACCAGCCCUGGAAACCCACGGAGCCGAUGGACAUGCCUUGGGCGCAGAGGCCUAAGUUCGUUCCGCCCAAGCUCAGGAUGGAUGAUCAUACUGUGCACAAAAUGAGUUACGGCCCUCCAGGUGAGUACGUGGAGUGUGCAGAUGAUGACCCUGAUUGCGUUGACUGUCCUGAAAUACCUUGUGAAGUGCCGAAGCCUUGUAGUGGUCCUGCGCAGUGUUGUAUGCCGUGCUGUUGUCCGAAAGCGUCCUGCUGAUUGUUGGAAUACUUCUGUGUCUAAAAAUUCCAGCAACAUGUAAACGUCAGGUUUUGUUCGAGUU